AUUCAGAUUCAAAUUAACACUCAUAGACGAAGGAAAAGACAAAGAUAAACGAAAAAGUCUACAAACAUAAAAACAUAACAAAGUGAAAAAAAAAAAAAAUAACAAGCAAAACACAUGGACUGGUUGUAUGUACGAUGCCGUCGAUGGUUCAUGGCGUGACGAGCGAUGAGAUGCGUAUCGUGACGGGUUACAGUUCACUUUGAAACGGUUGGGAGACGUCAAAAAAGGGGAGAUGGGGGACGUCACCGGGAAAGGAGUCAGUCAGGAGUAAGUUCGAGGCAAAAAGAGAAAAACGAGUCCAGCCCAGCCCAGCCCAUCCACCCCCUCCCAACACGCCAUACGACAUAUGAUAUCAUCACCUCGCACCCAUCCACACCAAACGCAAGACGCAAGACGCAAAAUGGCAACACCGGCAGAAUCGCAGAAAUCCAUCAAGGAUUCUACUCCCCUCCCUCUGCACUCAACCCUCGCUUCGCCCGCCCGGCCCACUCGUUCGUCCAUUCCAUAAUGUCGUUUUCGCAUCCUGGCUUCAUCGCGUCUUUACCUUUUCGCAGCCGAACCACAUCCACCUCGAAUAGCGCACGUCUAGCGCGUUCGAGUUGGGCUUUCGCACGACCGACGACCCACGACACCAGGAAUAGGGAAUCGAGAUCAAGAAUUGGGUGAGGGGCUACAUACGACAUGGGGUUUCUAGAGCGUUACCUUUGGAAAAGUCCAGAGUUUGGUAUGAGUUUGGGUUUUGGAAGUAGGAUAGAGGGUGAGGGAUGAACAGGGAACGAAGAAAGGGGGUUAUUAAAAGAGGCUAUAACAUUGGGAGUAGAAGGAAGAAGUGCAUAGGGGAAAGAAACGGUGAAGGGAAUCCUCACAACAUCGACAACAACACAAAACUGUCCAAGAAUCCAAAAUCCAAAACAGCCCUCUCAUCCAUCCUUUUUCAAACACCUUUCUAUACCCCCCUCCUUCUUCACUCGCCGCCUUCUUCACUCGCCGCCCCCUCAACGCCCAUCAGCCGGGAUCGAAUCAUACGUGGGCGGAAUCUCCCUCGGGUUCACGUCAUCCACCCUCCCUCCAUCGCGAUGAACGACGACGCCGUCGGCAUCCUCGCCCUCGUGCUGCGUCGCCAACCCAAGACCGCCCCGUCCGCCUCCAAACCUAGCCGCGGCCUCCCUCUCCUUGGCCUCCCUAGCCGACCCCGAACGGCCGCUGACACUCUCCGGCGGAGAAUGGCCGUGAGAAUAAGCGCUGCCGGGAGCCAAGACGCCGCCGAUCUGCUGGGACGGCAUCAUGGGCUGGCGGUAUGGGUAGUAGCCGGAAGCGUCGGAAGUGGACUGGGGGUAGUAGGUGUGGCUCUGAGGUGGGGUAGUGGGAGGGAGAGCUGAGGGGACUCGUUGUGCGGUCCGGUACGGCUCCUGCAGCACCGGGUGGCAAAGCGGGUGCACCGACGUAGGGAGAGUCGCCGUACUGAUACUGCUGCAUGCUAGGCCGCUGCACUGCCUCCAGCUGAAGCGCCGUGGUAGGGAUAAGGGGUGACAUUGUGCCCUCCGCCCUCGGCAUCG